AUGGCAGACACGGAGAAAAAGCUAGAUUCUGGCAACAAUGCCGUUGACCAGGUGUAUCUUGAAAAGGGGGCGAUGGAGCAGUUCCAAGAGGCAUAUCCAUUCACUCCAGAAGAGGAGAGGAGGCUUGUCUGGAAGAUUGACCUGAUGAUCCUCCCGAUCAUGCUCAUCGCAUACAUGAUGGCGUUCCUGGACAAGCAGACGCUAAGCUACACGGCGCUCAUGGGCUUGCAGGAAGACCUCGGUCUAGAGGGUGCAGACUACAGCUGGUCGAGUAGUAUCUUCUACUUCGGAUACUUGUUUUUCUCGUGGCCAGCCUCUCUGCUGAUGGUCAAAUUUCCCCUGGGAAAAUACCUUGCAUGCAAUUUGUGGGUUCCUAUACCUCCGCAACGACAUCCGCUAACCUGCGUCUUCAGCAUUAUAUGGGCUGUGGUCCUGGCUUGCCAUGCAGCGACCAAGAAUUUCGCCGGCAUCAUGGUGACUAGGUUCUUUCUCGGCGUGACAGAAGCGAGUCUCUCUCCUGGGUUCAGUCUACUUACCUCGCUCUGGUAUCGCACGUCCGAGCAGCCUCUCCGUCAUGGAAUAUGGUUCUGCGGUAACUCCAUCUCCCUGAUUAUUGGCAAUGUGAUCGCAGUCGGCAUUUGGCAGAUCAAAGGGGGUCUGCAUCCGUGGCAGUGGGUUUUUAUCAUCUUCGGGUUGAUCACCUUUGUCUGGGGCGUGGUCAUGCUCUUCCGUCUGCCAGACUCGCCCAGCACAGCAUCGUUCCUCAACGAGAAAGAAAGACUAAUCGCCAUGGAGCGGUUGAAGUCCAACAAAGCCGGAUACAAGAGCAACAAGAUCGAUCGUGACCAGAUCUUCGAGGCGCUCAGAGACGUCAAGACAUGGCUACUCGCCGUGCUGAUUUUGGGAUCCAAUAUCCCCAACGGAGGGUUUACUACGUUCAACGGUCUCAUUCUGAAAGGCUUUGGGUACUCGACAUUCCGCACACUCUUGCUGGGCAUGCCUGGUGGUGCGGUCGUUUUUGCCUUCGUCCUCUUGUCUUCCAUUGUGUCUUCCAAGGUCCCGAACUCCCGGUGCAUUGUCAUCGCCGUUGUAACUUGCAUAAGUAUCCUCGGCAGUGCCCUGGUCUACGCAACCACUUCCAUCGCCUCCCGCUACGCCGGCCUCCUCCUCAUGGGCUUAUACUCGGUGGGCAUGCCCCUCUCCAUGGCCAUGGUUAGCUCGAAUGUCGGUGGCUUCACCAAGCGCGCCACCGUCAGCGCGAUCUACUUUAUCAUGUACUGUGCUGGAAACAUUAUCGGUCCGCAGCUGUUCUUUGAAAGGCAGGCCCCCAAGUACCAGAGCGGAUUCCAAGCAAUCCUUGUAUGUCUUGUCGUCGUCGUGAUUGACGUGAUUGCGCUGGGAUUCUAUCUGAGAUGGGAGAACUCCAGACGAGACAGGAAGUAUCCCCGUAGUGGUGAAAGCAUACAGGGACAGCUGGCGGACACUACUGAUCUGCAGAACAAAGAGUUCCGAUAUGUAUACUGA